UGUAGACCUCUAAAAGCAAAGCACAGCCUUGUAAUAAGGCAUUUCAACUCUAUGGUUUCCGACAGCGUUUACUGCGCGGUGGCAGUGGAAAUAUGUUUAUAUUAAGUCGACUUAAUUCGUUGUGGCGCCAUGUUUUGAUAUGUGCAUAGACGUGCGUGAGUGUGUAGUGUAGAAAAAUUGAUGACAGUGUUGGUCCAGAAGACUUCUUCUUUUUGCCACAAGCAGUUGCGAUGAGUCUGUAAGAUGCCGCCACCAGUGAGUGCAGACCAGGCAUCAAGAACAGUUCUCUCAGCGCGCUUCCAGGACUCGAGUAUGUGCGGAAGAUCGGAGCAGGGGCGGCGGGCGCUGGCGCUGGUGGCGGCGGCGGCGGCGCUGGCGGCGCUGGCGCCGGGGCGGGCGGCGGCGGCGGGGGCGGGGGCCGUGGAGAACGCGUUGCCGCCGCCCAACGACAUGCAGCGCCUCUGGGAGGAGCUGGGCAACGUCAAGACCAUGAUGUCCGGCAUCUCAGUGUGUGCGCGUGCGGGGCGAAAUGCGAGGCGUCGAGGCCGUGUGUCGGCAGAUGAGCUGAGCCGCUUCAACACACUGUACCUGGGCAAGCUGGAGCACCGCAUGCUGGCGAUCGCGACGGCGCUCAGCAGCGUGGACAGCAACGUGAAGAACCUGCAGGAGCGCGCGCACGUGUGGGACACGUUCCAGCUGCACGUGGCCGCGUGGAACGAGCAGAUCAAGACGCUCGACAAGAAGGUCGACAUCCUGAGCAGGGGCCACGAGAAGCUGGACGUGAUGGACGGGAAGCUGUCGGCGCUGCAGGCGCUGGACUACAAGGUGGAGCGCGUGGCGGGGCGCGUGGGGGAGGCCGAGGCGCGGCUGGCGGCGCUGGCGCGCUCCCUGGACGCGCACCGCGACGCGCACCGCGACUCCUACGCGCUCUUCGGCGACGUGGCGGCGCGCGGCGUCGUCAGCACGCUGCGCAUCAUCGAGCGCAAGGUGGACCGCCUGCAGAAACUUAUUUGUGCUUGUGACAAAGAAGUUCAAGAGGUGCGAUGUAAAUCUUAA